CUGUUUAGUAUUCCAGCUGGGAGCAACGGCGCCUCAUUGCUACUGUAUAGCCGACACAGGGCGAGCCAAGUUUAGCAUUUCUUUGUGUUGAAGUGUAGAAUUACAGUUUAGACAAUAUCUCUGAGAAAAGAAAAAACCGGUCGGAGGAGGUAAACGGGUUCGGGCCUCGGCUGGGGGAACUGGUGUGACGUAGCAGUCCACCAACACACAGACACACACACACCGGCUGCUGCGCCUGCCAGAUCUCAAUGUGGGGAAAUGACCGCGAGUGACCUCAACGAAAACACUGCAUUUUAGCGACGGCUCUUAUUUCCGUUUUAUACAUAAUUAUAUACAAACUGCGCUUACAUUUUAGCCUGAUAUUCUAUGGUAAAAUACAUUGCAUUUCGGAAAAGGAUACGGUUUAGCCGCUCGCGCUACUGUGCAAGCAGCAGGGCUAACAUUAGCUAAGCUAAAGUAGCCGGGCUAGCUAGCUAGUACAUUUGUUUUUCCUGCAGAUGCUAGGCUAGCCAGCUGCUGCCAUGGAUAAAGCCAAGUCAAUGAUCGACAAGAAAGGAGCGUCGGGACCCUUUCAUGUCAACAACGGUCAGAGCCAGAGGGGGUUUCACUCUAACGGCAGCUGUUGCAGUAGCAAUACAUUCGGCUCGAGCACCGGCGGAUCCAACAGUAGCACGUUUGAGAACAUGCAUCAUGUGCACCGCGGGGACGAUGCGGAGUGCAACGGGUCCCCGGCGAAGAGAUGCAGGCUACGGAGGAGGACGGAGUCGUUGAGGCGGAGCAGACCCCCCUUCCCCUGGUUCGGUAUGGACAUCGGUGGCACCUUGGUCAAGUUGGUGUACUUUGAGCCAGUUGAUAUAACUGCAGAGGAAGAACAGGAAGAAGUGGAAAACCUCAAGUCCAUCCGCCGCUACCUCACCUCAAACGUGGCCUAUGGUAAAACCGGCGUCCGUGACGUCCACCUGGAGCUGAGGAACCUGACCAUGUGCGGCAGGACGGGGAACCUGCACUUCAUCCGCUUCCCAACGCAGGCCAUGCACCAUUUCAUCCAGAUGGGUCGCGACAAGAACUUCUCCAGUUUGCACACAACACUCUGCGCCACCGGAGGCGGGGCGUACAAGUUCGAGAAUGACUUCAGAACGAUGGCCGACCUGGAGCUGCUGAAGCUUGACGAGCUGGACUGCCUGAUCCGUGGCCUGCUGUUUGUGGACCGGGUGAGCUUCAAUGGACACCCAGAGGGCUACUACUUCCAGAACCCAUCAGACACGCAGAGCUGCGUGAAGAAGACCUGCACCCUAGACAACCCUUUCCCCAUGCUGCUGGUCAAUAUCGGCUCUGGGGUCUCCAUACUGGCCGUGUACUCUGAGAACAACUACAAACGGGUGACUGGGACCAGUCUGGGUGGUGGAACAUUCCUGGGCCUUUGCUGUCUGCUGACGGGCUGCGAGACAUUCGAGGAGGCGUUGGAAAUGGCCAGCAAGGGCGACUCUACCAACGUGGAUAAGCUGGUGAAGGAUAUCUACGGAGGAGACUACGAGCGCUUUGGCCUGCAGGGCUCUGCUGUCGCAUCCAGUUUUGGCCACAUGAUGAGCAAAGAGAAGCGAGACAGCAUCAGUAAGGAAGACCUGGCCAGAGCCACACUGGUCACCAUCACUAACAACAUAGGAUCCAUAGCACGGAUGUGUGCUGUCAAUGAGAAAAUCGAGCGUGUGGUGUUUGUUGGGAACUUCCUUCGUAUCAACACAGUGUCCACAAAGCUGCUAGCCUAUGCCAUGGACUUCUGGUCUAAAGGACAACUAAGAGCCCUUUUCCUGGAACACGAGGGUUAUUUUGGAGCUGUCGGGGCGCUGAUGGAGCUGCUCAAGACAACGGAGGACCCGUAAAAAGAAAUUAUCUUGUGACAUCAUCAGCCCUCGACAAGACGAUGUCAUCCACCCCUGAAUGCUGUGAUGUCAUCAACUCGCAAUGCUGUGACGUCAACUCUUGAUGCUGCUGAAAGGUCCCGUUCACAGAGGCCGCUAAAGAAACACUAAGAGAGACACAGAAACUAAGAAAAGCCAUUUUAAUAAUUUAACACUUGUAAAUAAUGAUAACCUCUAACUUUCAUCUCCUAAACUUCCCAAACAGAGUCCCCCUAUCAUAGAGGUUGUAAUAUUGUAAUCUUUAAUUUAUGGUUUCCUGCAAUCACUGUUGAUUUCUCUAAUCAGCCCUGUGUCAGGAAGCACAGAGGAGGAGUAUUUUAGUGUUUUUUGUCACUGUGUAUUUGUGUGAAUAGCUACUGUAGCAUAAAGUCCUGGGGGCUGUGGUUCCAUGGGCAACUAUUUGUGCAACAAUAUUUGAAUUAAGGAUGUCUGCACAGAAAUUAAGUUAUUCUUGAAUAUGUAUUUGGGCAUUUUUACCUGCAGGGACUCAAGAAGUUUUUUUUGUGACCACAGAAACAUAAUUUGACCAGCAAUGCCUCCUGCCUUCAGCUGUAAGUGUGCAGACAGUUGAUUCUGUAAAACCAUCAAGACCACAAAUAGUGGUCCCCCAGCUCCAAAAUGCAGCUGCACAGCAGUCCUGGCAGCAGCUAAAGGUUGGGAGGUUAUUUAUUGUUGCCUGUUUGUUGCACAAACAGUUUCCCACAACAAUGCUACAGUCUUUUAAGGAGUGCACUAAAGCCAAAUCCUGUUGAGAUUCGCACAACACCUGCCUCCUUCAGCCUAGAUGGAUAACCUAUAAACGCUCUUUGAUUCUUUCUGUUGCUCACUGACUGCACAUCGCCUUUACUUUUUGUUUUGUUUCUCCUUCAUCUGCCUACAUGUAAACAACAUUAACACCAUAUUGCCACACAUGCAUACCUAACCUGUUGAGUUUUGUGUUAGAGGAUGGGACCAAGACAUUGUCCUUCAUUAGAUGCCACUAAAACUGUGUCUGCAUUUUUGAUUUCUGUUAAUUAGCAUCACCACAACUACAGUCAGCCUCAGCGACCUGUGUUUGGGAUUUGUGAAAUACUUUGGGAUUUUUGUAAUCUCUGUAGGGAAUCCUCCUUUCUUUUCUCCUACCAGUCCCGGUCUGUCAGCAUUUCUUCAAGAGAGUAGAGGCCUGCCUUGUUUGGAUGUUCCAGUGUGAUUUAAUGAGGCGGUCAAGCUGGGCUAACACAGGCUGCGAUUAAAAAUGCUCUAUGUAAAUCCUUGCAUAAAAAGGGUUCAGCAGUUGAUGCAGACGAAUGGUGUCAUCUUUUGGAAGACAAUGGGGACAGAGAUGCUUUUAGCCAAGAGUUGCCCCUCAUGUAAAAUACACUAAUGCAAAUUUGCCUAGCAUCUACUGUAGAUUAGACUCUGUUUUUACUGUAUAAUGGCGCAGAUUUUGUGCAGUUAAUGGUUUAUUCUGAAAGUGCUUUUUCUGAAAGUGCCCCCCCCCCCCCCCCACACAGCCCACCCACCCACACAUUGGUGCUCAAAUAUGGAAAAAUGUUGUCGUAGUUGGCCGACAUUUCCAAGCUACAACCCCAAUUCUCACUUUUUUA